AUGGGGGUGACGGCCGACGGAGCGCCGAUUCUUCGCAAUUCGUCAUCUUUUUUGCCGCACUUGGACGCCUCUCUGCCUCUUGCUCUCUCCGUUUUCUGUCCCCAAACGCGCCCCCAGGCCACCUCGUCCUUCUCGUGUUCUUUUUCGCCGGGGCAUACGGUAGGCGAGCUCGUGAUUUCUUGUUUCCUAUGACUUUUUGAGACAUUUUCGGGAAUUUCUAUAUUUAGCAACAAUUUUGCUUGUUUCUUCGUGUUUAGAUGGCCUUUCUUGUUUUAAUUUUAUUGCUAACUGGUAAAAUGUUUAGUGGCCACUAUAGAGGCUUGCCAAGGACUACUUGGAGAGGACACUAAAGUGGCCACUAAACCCACCUCUUCAGUGGCCACUAUUUUCCGUUAGAGUGGCCACUAUAGAGGUUCUCUAUUUAGUGGCCACUUCAAUACUUUUUCAUCCAGUAUUCCUUCCAUAACUCUGAUAAUUUUAAAACAAACUGAUUGGACUAGUUAUGUCGAUACAUUGACCCCUAAAGUGGCCACUAAAAUUUUUAGUGGUCCACUGGUAGCACGUAGACCUCUAUAGUGGCCACUGAUUUUAAACCCCUUAAGUGACCCUUAAUUUGGCUACUAUAGAGGCCACUAAAACUUCAAAACCCUAAAAUGGCCACUAAAAAUUUUCCCCGUAACGUCAUUUUCCGGAUUCUAGGUCGGGAUUCAAGGUUUUGAAGUGCAGAAAAACUUUCAAACAAUUAUUUUAAGACCUUAAAGUUCACCUUAAUUAAACUUAAAAGUUUGAAUUUUCAAAAGUCAGCCGAAAAUUUCAUUUCAAAUUCUUUUUGCAAGCUUUACAAGUACUAAGAUGUCACCUAACGGGUUUGAUAUUCUAGCCUCAAAAAGCCAUUCCAAAUGCGGUCUGUUUUACUGUCUCCAUUCUUAUCAGAAGCUCGCUGAUUGCUGAAAUGUGCUGGACUUUUCUUACUGUACCUGACGUCAUCAAUUGUUUCAGGACUCGGCCAAAAAAUCGCUCAACUCCCUGGAAAUGUGCGACGAGAGGUCCACCCUGGCGCGGUUCGCCCAAAUUCCCGCGUGUGGUCCUUUUUUCGUCCCGCCGCCCCCGAUCUUCUCCCCUUGGUUCCCGCUCCAACUUGCCGCUCUGCACGCCGCCUCGAGUUCGACGUCGCUUCUGAACGCGUCGGCCUACCGACGUCUUCCAACUCUGCCGCCGAGAAGUGACGUCAAGGAGGCGAGCGACGACGACGAGGAGAACGUCGACGUCGACGACGUCUCCAGGCCUGGCAGCGUCGCUUCGAUCAGCACCAAUGAGGUAGGAUUAUGAAGAGACGGCAGAGACACGAGAUGCUUUCACUGACUGCGCUCUCCAUCAACCAGGCACUAUCUCUCGUUUUCGUCGUUUCAGGACCCAAUGGCUCAAGCCAGCCUUCCAGCCUUGAAUCGGCUAUAGUUUAGAACAUUUUUGAUUCACCGUUAAGUUUCGAAAUUAUCAUUUAGUAUGGUACUUCAAAGUUGAAAAAACGCACCAUUGUAGGGAAGAAAAAAGGAUUUUUAGCGUCUGAAGGGUCAACUAAAGGGCAAAAGUUGGAUUUAGCUUGAUGAAUUCUGAAUCAGCGCGUUCAGAAGUACAAGGUGACCGGGGGGCGCAAAAAAAAAAAAUGAAAUUUUCCGCAUCUUUAUUAAUUUUAUUCCGAUCUUGGUAACGUGGAUCGAACGCUUUCGGACAUGAAAGGGCAAUUGUAGUGACCACUUUAGUAGCGCCAGCACCCUUAAGGAAUUUUAUUUAUUCCUCCAGUCUUGGUAAAGCGAGCCGGGCGCAUUCGGGCAUGUCGGGGCUCUUCUAGUGACCACUUUAGUAGCGUCAGAACCCUUAAGUGAUUUUAUGUAUUACUCCGACCUCGGUAUAGAGUGCCGGACGUGUCAUGACCUUUCUAGUGACCACUUUAGUAGCGUCAGAACCCUUAAGUGAUCCCUAGAACUGUUCAGAAACGUCCGGACAAAGUAAAAAAUAAAAAAAAAAUUUCAAGGAAAUCAGAAUUUUUUUGUUGAAGGCGACGUCCGGAACCUCGACCCUUCCCUCUCAUCUCAACAAGCAGAAAAAAAGGGUCUCCUGUGACGUGUGCAAGAAGACGUUCUGCGACAAGGGCGCCCUGAAAAUUCACACGUCGGCCGUUCACCUGAAGGAAAUGCACACCUGUACGGUGGCCGGGUGCGGGAAGCAGUUCUCGAGUCGGAGGAGCCGGUAGGAUUUUUUUUAAAUUUUGAAGGUUUGAAUGAGACUCAUGGAGCCUCAUGACCUUGUUAGAGCCUGAAGCUAGUGGUCACGAUUUUUUAAGAUCACCAAGCUACUUUAAAUGGACAAAGGUCACUAUAGAGGCAAGUAAAGUUUGUUAAGAACCAAUUAGAAAAAAUAUUUAGCAUAAAAGGCCGAUUUAUAAGUAGUGUUGCAGCUCUUCAAGUUCAAAAUCAUUGAAAGAAUUCCAACAGAAGCCUCUAAACCAGUACGUCAAGUAGUGGCUUCUUAAGAAGUCCCUCUAGUGGUCAUUUUAGGAAUCUUUCUCACGCAGGAAAUAGUGAGGUCACUUUCGUAAAACCAUACAUUGGCUGACCAUUUUUGAAGACCCCUCCUCUCGAUUUUUCCAAAAUUAAAGUUAAUGCUACCUCCCUCAGGCUAAUUUUAUUGUGACCAAAAGUACCUCCCUGAGGUUGAAAAUGGAUUUUAUCCCUAAUUUUUUUGAAUUCUUGUAAAAUAAUCCCUCCUCCCGGGCGAAAUGAGACCCAUCCAUGGUUGGGAAAUUCCUGAACUUUGGUCAGAACGCUUCUUGAUGGACCUUCUUGAUUCCGUGUAAAAUCUUCACUCGAAGUGGUAGCUCUCAUUCUGAGGCUUCCACCUAAAGCACGGUCUCCGGGCUCCAGCACAACAUCCGCUACAUUCUGAGCUCGUCAAGGCGCAACUGGAUGAACUACGCGCAGAAGGACGAGGCGAAGGACCGUAAGACCAUGCUUUCAACUCUUUCGACUACACGUUUGGACUUCUAGCUCGCCAAAGGCGGUUGUUCGUUAUAGCUUUCAAAGUUCUUGUUCACCGCCUAGUCGAUACAUCUAUGACUAAACCAACAAAAUAAAUGAUUUGAUGAUUGAUGAUUGAUAGACCGGAUUUCUGAAGGUCUCAACUGGCACAAGCUCCUAGUUCUUGAGAAAGGACAUCUGGGAAUCGAUUUUUAAAAAACCACAAAAAGUGCUAGAGAACUUGCUUAAGCUCCUACUAGAGCUGGUUGACAUUUCCAUGACUUUCAUCUUGUACAUCAAAGAAUAAUGUUGCCGAAUUCCCGAUCACAAAGUGAAAUUAUCUUCCCUGUGAGAAAUUUAAGAAACUUCUCUAAUUAAAAAUUCGAUCGAGGGAUUCCGGAAAGCAAGUCAGGAUCUUGAAAUAUGUAGUUUGAUCUUUACAAUAUCUACUUUCUGGAACAAAAACUACUCAAAAAGAAAUUUAAAAAGAGCCAAGGCUUGUGAGCUCAAUGUACAAUUUUAUGAGAAAGAACUAUAUUUUUAGCCUUUAUUUUGUUAAAUUUGUUUUGAAUAUAUGAAAAUAUGCUUCCAGAAACCGUCACUCGGCCAACGCCAACCCGAAACUCCACCUGCCGGAGACGAUGACCAGCUUCAGAGAUCAUCCUCAUGUUAGCUCAGAAUUCCUCGAAAAAACUUUCAUUUUUUCAAUAUAGAAUCUCGCAUCGUCGUCGCUUUCGUCUCCGAUUUAUUCCAACAAUUCUCCGGACUCUAGUGAAGCCAAUGACAACGAUUUUGUGGCGGUAAGGACUUUUUUUUUUGCUGAAAUUUGGAAAGAAGCUUUGUGGGGGGGAGCAAGAUUAUGAAGAUGAAGCUAAAAAAAAUGGCUUUGAAAGCGGGUCCAGAAAAGCUGAAAACUUUAGGCCUUAUCGAAAUGUUUUUCCGAGGAAUCUGCUUCUAAAAAAUCGAGAUCCCCUCCCCCUAGUCGUAAAAAAUAGCCACGUUAAUUUGAAAAUGCGCUCCAUGGUUAAAUUCAUUUCUCAGAGGUUAAAUAACAAUUUGAAAAUGGUACAAUCACUGUCAAGAACGCUCGAUCACCGGUAACGCAAACAAGACGUUUCCGAGCAUCUCCAGGGGUCCCUUAAGAGGGCUGAAGUUGCUAAAGGAGUCACUAGAAAUGCUCAGAAACGUCCACGAGAUCCGAACAAGGAGCUAAAAGUUUGUUUGAGCGUGACAAACUUUGACUUAAAAAAACGGCUUUUCUAGUGACCACUUAAGAGCGCUGAAGCUGCUAAAGGGGUCACUAGAAAGGCUCCGAAACGUCCACGAGGUCCGAACAAGAAGCGAAACCGGUUGAAAAAACGGCUUUCCUAGUGAUCACUUAAGAGGGCUGAAGCAGCUUAAGGGGUCCCUAGAGUUGCUCAGAAACGUCCAGGGCGCGUCCGGUUUGCGUUACCGAGAUUCGAAAUUAUGGCAUUCCUUAAAAUUAUCCAUGGAGCGCCAAUGUUUAAAGGAUUGAAGCGUCCUUUUUUUCAAGUAAUUUUUCAGAAUUCAAAUCCGCUGAGCAUGGCCAGUUUGCUCUCCAAUCGGAAGCGAAAAUGUCCCGAGCCCCAGGACAAUUUUCUGCCGGAAAAGGCGCUCGACUUUUCCGCGCACAAGUUGCCGAGAUGCCACGCCCCCGCUGCAGCUCACAUUCAGCUCCUUUUACUCCAGUCUAUCAUGCAGAAGGUACUGUUGAAAAAAAGCAUUUUUUAAAAAGAGGGGCCAAAAAAAGUGAAUAUUUUGGCAAUAAUGAUACGAGGCUCCGCCCUGCGCCUUUAAUAAGCAAAUAGAGCUGCUUGGUGUGUCUGUAGUUCAGUCAGAAGGAAGGCUCAAAGCGGAUUUUCAAAAAGGACUUUUAAGGACUUUGUCGUGAAGAUCCAACCUUCAGGAGCCGUUGAAGCCUUUUUGGAUGAAUAAUAUAUUUAAAUGGAGUUAUAAGAGAUUUUUAAAGGCGCAGGGCGGAGUCUAAGGAGAAAUCCUCUUUGAUACCAUUUUAUGGAAGUUUUGAGCCUUUAAAAAUCGUUAAGGGUAUUCAAAAAAUGGAUCUAUAGGCACAUGGCAGAGCUGGGCACUUUCAAGUCCGAUCCCCAUUAAAUUUAGGUCUCAAAACGAAAAUUUAGCCUCUGCCCUGCGCCUUUAAACUAUCUAAUCUUUCAGCAACUUUUUUUUUUCAGAGAGCCGAAAACAUCCCUCCGGCCGCGCCCUGA